GUGUGCUCCCCGGAGGUGUGUCAGUUAUGUCGAAUGUUGUGUUACGUGUUCGGAAAUAAUGGAUGAACAUUUUCUUAUUGGCCAUGGUAGAGGAUUAUGUUCCAGGCAGGUAAAAACAGUUGGUUGGUUUAUUUGCUUUUAAAAUUGUAUAUGUCAUUAUUAGUUCAAAUGUGGUGUAGAUAAUCCUUCUAAAUUAAGAUUUAAUCUUAAUAAUACUUACAUUUAAUAAAGUAAAGUAAAAAUAGUAAUAUUCUUAGUUAGUAAUCUUAAUCUUAGUGAAUCUUAAUCUUAGUCGACAUGUUAUUAACGACAACACAUAUGAAUCAAGAUUUCAAGAACCAGCUGGCUAUUUUCAAUUGUCUCAAACUAUUGACUAUUUAUUUUAAAGAAUUGUUCAUUGAAUUGUAAAUGAAAAUAACCUGUAGGGCUAAAACCGAGGGCGGCUGCCACCUAGUCGUUUGUGUCUUUAUUAUAAUUAUAGUUGCAGUGAAUUUUGGUUUAGGUUAGGUUUAGGGAUCGAGUUAGGGUUCAGGUUAGGCAUCGGCAUAGGGAUCAAUUUAGGGUUCAGGCUAGGCAUAGGGAUUGAUUUAGGGAUAUAUUCGUGAUAUUCGAUAUAAAAGUGGCAGGCGUCCCCAUUUUUAACCAAAUGUAGUUUUUAGAUGAAGUAAUAGUAAUAUAAUUAUUUAAUUAUAAUUGUAGUCUAAAAUUACUAAAAAUAAAAAAAAAAUAAAAAUUAUACGUAUAGAUAGUAUAAGAGUAAGAUUAAUAAGACUCAAGCCUAAAUUUAAAGUUUAGUUUAUUUAUAGUAGUAGUAGGCUAAAUAAUGACUCAUGGCCAUGAGCCUGAAACUGAAACUAAUAUUAGUAUAAUAUAGACUAUAGAGUAUAGAUAAUCUAAUUAUAAUAAUGGUCUUCCUUAACUGCUAAAUAAUUUAAUCAAAGACAAAGUCUAGUAUAGUACUAAUAAGACUAAUCCCUCUACUUGGUACUACUCAAUCUCAACUAUGAACAAGUACAAGACAUGUCACAUGCCAAGGGCUUUAUCAUUCAUUAUUAUCAUUAUUAAUUAUUAUAAAAAUUAUAUUUUAUAGUACGGUAUAAGUAUAGGCCUAAUAAAAUAUGGAUGGUUAGAAAUAUAAUAUUAACUAUUAUUAAUUAUCUUCAUGAUUUCUAUCCUUUCUCCACUUCAUCUUUUAUCUCGGGAAAUAUUAGUAACUUAGUAUCAUCAUCAGAUGUCUGUUUAAGUGAAUUAUUUGUAUUUAAUAUGGUAGUGCCAUAUUGUCACAUGUCUAAAUAAUUAUUCAUUUAUUCUUUGAUCACUCCCUCAGUAUAGUUGCUUAUCUUGAGAAAUGUUUGUCUGAGUUUCAAUUAGGGGAAUCAUUCACUAAUUGGCAGAACAUUAAAUUGAUGCCCAUUUUAAUGUCACACCUAACUAAUAUAUUUUAUGGUACCUAUUUUAUUAAUCAUUCUUUGUACAACAGUGACAAUUGUAACUUUAAAACCUCAGAGCAUGUUGAUGUCUGUCUACUGUCUGGUUUCAUGUGGUGAGUGUCAUGUCUUCUGCUUUAUUUUAUUGGUCUCUGAAAAACAAUAAAUUAUCUGUUUCUUACAUUCUCAAAUACAAAUAUGCAUGAAAUUUAUCAAAAUCAUAUUUCUAUAUUAUAUUGCCUGAAUUAAAAAAGUAAAUUAUGUGACUGUGAGUAGUUUUAGUAUGUUUCUGUUCUGACAUUUUUAUGUAAUAGACAAAUAAUAUACUUGCAUAAACAGUUUUUGAAACACUAAUCUGAUUAUAUUUGCUAUAGUUUGAUAAAUUAUGAUCGCAUCCCUAUACUGGCUAUCUUUUGAGAAGCCCGAAAUUGUCACAGUCGAGGAGGCAUGUAAUGAUGUCACGGAGCAGUGAGAUAUUUUUUUUCCUCUAUUUCCCAUGACACCGUAUAAAUAAACAUGACGGGAUUAUAAUAGAUUUAAAAAGUAUUGUCAAUUAGCAUAGAGUCAUAAACAGAUCGUGUACAAAAUAUAUUUACUAAUCACAAGCUAAAAUUAUUGCUUAUUACUUUGCUAAAAAAAAGCUGUUUACUAAACCCCUCCCACAAAUUGAAUCCCUUUCUUAAAAAUAAUUGCCUCCCCUUUUCCAGAGGCUCGGUAUUAUUGUGGUAAAUAAUAUUUACCUUGUCACCACCAUGUUGGCAGGCAUAUUAAUAUGAAAUACAUGUAUGAUUAUAAUUUUAGGAACUCUAGAUGAUCUUUCUGCUGUAUAUUUUGCACUCAUGACCAUGGUCUGUCCCUUAAAAAAACUUGUUUCAUUUGUGUGUUUUUUGGUUGUAAUUUCUUCUUAUAAUUUAUAUCAACAAAUUUCUUGUAAAUGGUUCCUGACCAAGCUCUACUGGUUGUCUAGAGCAGUGGUUCUCAACUUUCCUAAUGCCGCGACCCUUAAAUACAAUUCCUCAUGUUGUGGUAACCCCUAACCAUAAAAAAAAUUUUCGUUACUUCAUAAAUAGUUGUUUUGCGAUGGUCUUAGGCGACCCCUGUGUAAGGGUCGUUAGACCCCCCAAAGUGAUCGCUAACCAGAGAUUGAGAACCCCUGGUCUGGAGCCUGUGGAAGGAAUAUUGUCAGUCUUCCAGAUCCAUCCAAAUGUUUUUGAUUGUGCUUGGACCAACACAAAACUACUCCUAUAAAUAAACUUCAAUAACGAUUCAUCCGUCCCUGCUUUUGCCUGCUCACCACUUCUUUCCCCUCAGACCUAACUAGUGCUUUUCUUUUCCAUGCUUGGAUUCCCAGCUGAUGUAGAUCUUGUUCCACAUCAUCCAUCCAUCUCAGAGUAGGUCUGCCUCUGAGACGUUUUCCUCUGGGAUGUUGUUGAUGUAUACCCUCUUCACUCCUCUGUCACUAGACAUUCUUUCUGAUGUGUCCCGCCCCAGCCGAGCCUGCACUUUUUGUAUUUCGGCUACUAGCGUGGGAUUUUAAUAACGAUUCGACAUGACUAAUUUACAAAUACUCAUAUUCUACAGCAGGCCUGCACAACAUACGGCCCGCCAACACCCACUUUUUGGCCCGCGAGGUAGCCAAAUAUCCUUAAUUCUUAUUAUUUUCUUAUUAGCUUUUCCCCUGUCCUAUUUUCUUUUGGCCCGCACAAGUCCUGUCCUAUUAUUUUUUUGGCCCGCACAAGGCCUGUCCUAUUUUCUUUUGGCCCGCACAAGGCCUGUCCUAUUUUCUUUUGGCCCGCACAAGUUUUCCAUUAAGUAUUACUGCCCGCCUUACAUUUUGAGUUGUGCUGGCCUGUUCUACAGUGUAGCUCACACACUAAAGCCGCUCUUCACUAACCAAGUUGUCAAACGGUCUUUUACCCCGCUUUCCAUAGCAACCAAGUCAGCGUCACGGUUACAGAAAUUACGUCUCACGACACUUGGCAGCAAGGGUCCCACAAACAAUUUAACAAGACCCACCACACACAUCAGUGGACGCAUAAAGUACACAUUUUACAUCAUAUUCUAUACUUGUCAGUUCCUGGCUGUUUAGGUCAAACUGUUAUGCUGAGACCGGUCCCCCAUAACUCUAAAAUCCCCGGGUGGCUGGGACUCGUUAGCCUUGGACCGCAACUCACAUAAGAGAAGGCUAACUCUGAUGAAUUCAAACCAGGAGCCAAAAUGAAUUGGUCGUGGGCCCUCACAUAGAAAAAAAAAAAGAAAAAAAACUCUUGGAUACAAUCUUACAAUCACGUUUAAAUCAAAUUGAUGGUUCCUAAAGCACAUGGCCUUAAUUCUGUUAGUAAUUUUUUCACUCUGCGUCCUUACACCCAACACUUACACCGUUCAAACACUCAAGUCAUUGAUACAAUCAAGUCAUUCAAAAUUCAAACAAAUUGGAUCUGGAAAGUGAUAGCAUCACCCAGCAUCGCCGCCUCAAAAUCUCUCUUACUCCACCCUCAAUCCCACUUUGCUAAAACUAUUGACCAGGAAGUAGUUUGUAUUCAUGCAUCUGCAUCUGGAAAAGUGUUGGAAUGACAGGGGAAAAUAUGAGUUCAUAAUCGUCAUCCAAGACUCGGAUUAUCUAAGAUCUGGUCAGUCCACAAUAUUCAUUGGUCAGUCCAUAUCUAGUCACUGGUCAGUUCAUACGAAAGGUUUAGCCACUGGUCAUUUCAUACUAAAGGUUUAGUCACUGGUACGUCCAUAUCUGGUCACUGGUCAGUCCAUAUCUAGUCAUUAGUCAGUCCAUAUCUAGUAACUUAUCCGUCAAUAUCUAGUUAUUGGUUAAGCUUUGAGUCUUAACUCUUAAAAUCAACCAUAUUUUCAUCUGCAUGUAUUUGCCUAAAAUACUUAAAAAAUAAAGAUUUGAGACCGCUUUGACCCCGUGGAAACAAAGCCAGGUAUUUACUGUGUUCAUAUUUGUAUAGUCAUCGAUGACACCAGGCCAUCCCGUCUUCCCCGCUCUUUCUUACUUUAUCGCUAUGUCAUCUGCUUGCCAAACUUGUGAUGACUCUAUCAUUCCAAAUAUCUUCCGAGUGCAUGAGUCUCAAUGUGUCAAUGUGGAAGUCCAAACCCGCCGGGGCCUUUAUUUCAGAAACUUACCCUUGUUUGUAAACAUGUCAAAUCAUCUUUGACUUGCUGAGGUUUUCUCAAACUAUUCCAUUUUCUACUACCCCUCUUGGCAUUGAUUGACUUUGUGCGCACUGUGCAUACCCUUUCCUUGGAAUGAGGUUAUUUUAUUAUUUAAGUUGUGCCUCCCCCAGAAAACAUGACAUAGCUGUUUAUUCCUAAUAUCUUACCGAUGUGACAUCAAACGCUAGUGCAGUGGUUCUCAACCUUCCUAAUACCGCGACCCUUUAACACAAAAUUAUUUUCGUUGCUGCUUUAUAACUGUAGAGCAGAUGUGUUUUCCCAUGGUCUUAGGCGACCCCUCUGAAAGGGUCGUUCGAUCCCCAAACGGGUUGCGACCUACAGGUUGAGAACCGCUGCGCUAGUGGGCCAUGAAAAAUUCAGAUGUGUUGUACCAUUUUGUUAUAAACGAAUUAAAAGGGAUGUAUAAAAGUAUUUGGGAAUUUGAAGCACGUUAUAAUGGCUAUAUAAUAUUGAAUCUACAUUGCGCUUACCAAACAGACAUAUUUUUUAAAAUACUUUCUUAAAUCAUCAUGAUGUGUCUCGCAUGUUAAGUUAUUUAUUUUAGCGCGCUUCGCACAAUAAUUGUCUUAAUUUUCGAAAGACGACUGGCUGGGGUAAAAAUCCGUUAGGGGUCUCCGAUACUAAAGCCUUCUCCGCUUUAUUUACCCAAUCUAUUUUGGGAGGCACUGGCGUGACGUGUCCUCAUGAAUGAAAGAAAUUGAUAGCUGUGUUGUACUUGGUGUUAUCUGGUCACACUUGGCCAAAUGUUUGGAUGAAAUGUUUAUGUUGAAACGGGUGUCGCGUUUUGGGGGGGGGGGGGGGGGGGGGGGUGUUAUGGUGGAAUGUGUUUGCAAGUGGAAGGCAAUUACAUAGUCAUGUGUUUAUAUUGAAGUCAGGGGCAUAACCGUGUGUGCAUAUUGAAGUCAGGGGCAUAACGGUGUGUGUAAAGGGUUUUGACGUGGAAAGUAGUGGCGUAGGCGGUGCGGGGGGGGGGGGCUCAAGUAGGGGCCAUGAUACCGCUUAUUUUAAAAUCGUUAUACAUUGACAUGUUAUGUGGUACGUAUGUUUGCCAUUGUAAUCAUGUAAUAUAUUUACUUAAUAUUUCUAGGACCGGUGUAAUUUACAAUGAUUUUAUCUUAAUGUUAAUCAUCAACCAGCUUGGUUAUAUUCUUCUUCCUAAAACCACACUACUUUCCAUUAACCACCUGCUGUCUUAUGGUCCAUCAAUCGUCUGUAUGAGCAUGACUCCCCAAUUUCUUAUGGUCCACCAAUCGUCUGUAUGACUCACCAAUGUCUCAUGGUCCACCAAUCGUCUGUAUGACUCCCCAAUGUCUUAUGUUCCACCAAUCGUCUGUAUGACUCCCCCAUGUCUUAUGGUCCACCAAUCGUCUGUAUGACUCACCAAUGUCUUAUGGUCCACCAAUCGUCUGUAUGACUCACCAAUGUCUCCUGGUCCACCAAUCGUCUGUAUGACUCACCAAUGUCUCAUGGUCCACCAAUCGUCUGUAUGACUCCCCAAUGUCUUAUGGUCCACCAAUCGUCUGUAUGACUCCCCCAUGUCUUAUGGUCCACCAAUCGUCUGUAUGGCUCACCAAUGUCUUAUGGUCCACCAAUCGUCUGUAUGACUCACCAAUGUCUCCUGGUCCACCAAUCGUCUGUAUGACUCACCAAUGUCUCAUGGUCCACCAAUCGUCUGUAUGACUCCCCAAUGUCUUAUGGUCCACCAAUCGUCUGUAUGACUCACCAAUGUCUCAUGGUCCACCAAUCGUCUGUAUGGCUCACCAAUGUCUCAUGGUCCACCAAUCGUCUGUAUGACUCACCAAUGUCUCAUGGUCCACCAAUCGUCUGUAUGACUCCCCAAUGUCUUAUGGUCCACAUGCUGUUUUAUGGGAUUGUACGACUUCGGCUGUGGCCAAGAAAGGUAUGUGGUGGGUUGAAGGCCAUGCUCGCAGUUCGGCUUUGACAACAUUGAAUGCGACGCGUUGCCCGUAUCUAGAGUUUGUAUCAAAUCGUUUAUCUGCUGGUAUGUUCAAGUACGAACUCUAAAGUGAUCUAUCCCUUAGAUAUCCCAUUGUGAAACGUGAACCAUUGAUCACACUAAAGUGUAGCACGAUUUCCGCUGUGUCACGCCGUGCAGUUCCGUCUGUACUCUGAAUGAUCCGGUCAUUAUAUCACUAUCAAUAUAUAUAUAUAUAAUUUCGUUUAAAUUUGAUUGUAGUAAUAUAUAUAAUGAUUUUAAUAUACAUUUGUAACACAUCCUAAUUUUUACAAUUAAAGCAUAAACUGUAAUUUCAAGUUGAUAAAACCCUGUUGUUGUUUUUUUUCUUUUUUAGUGCUUGUGCAUUGCCCACUCCGGGCCAUUAGCCCUUUUUAUUUUAGCUGGACUCGAGUGAGGUCUCUUUGUUUUUUCCUUGUUGUACCAUAUUUGGUGAGUUUCCCGUGAGUUUCCCGUGGGUUUUGGUGUGUUAAUUUAUUUAUUAUUAUUUUUUUUUUUUAAAUAUUCUUUUAUAAAUUUCCGAUAUCAGUUAUCUUCUCUAAAUAUAUCGGUCAGUAUAUAUAUAUAUAUUUUUUUUUUUAAAAUCACAGUUUUUAAUGAAAUAUUGCAUAGAUCAGGUCAGGCAUCGAACCCCCAGAACACCAUUGCAUGUGCAAUUACGUCCCCUUUAAAAGGAUUCUUGAACCACAUGUUUUAUUUCUUUUCUUUUUUUUAAAAUAAUAAUUGCGCAACUGGAAAAGAUAUUAAGAUUUAAUUUAAGUUACCAGAAAAUAGUGUUUAAUUUCAAUAUAAUAGUUUUAUAUCUUCAUCAAAAUGCUGGCACAGUUAACCCCUGUAGUAAGUCAACUGCCUAUUAGGGGGUUCGAGGUGGCUUUCAGGGGAUUUGAGGAAACGCUAAGAAGAGUAGAAGUCUUUUUUUUAUUUAUUAUUUUUUUUUUCGAUUUUAAACCGCAUUGUAUCUGUUGUUGGGGUGUGGGACUUGUACAUAUAGAAUAGAUUAAGAACCCCCGAUUUAGGGGGACAUGUUAUACUUUUAAAUUCAGAGAACCUUGUCAUAUCAAGACAGUCCUGUGACGUCAGCACUUAGGGAAACACAUCGUGAUGUAGCAGUAUUUUAUCCUGCUAGUCGCCCCUCACACAUCCCGCCCUUUUAAUUUUUUUUUUGUUUUUGGUUCCGGGUCUGGCCGUAUCCCAGAAAAAUGUCGGAUGUUCCUCUUUGAUAUUCCCAGUGUAUGUCAAUCAACACCGUCAUAUUUCCGAGUCUAUUUACACUUUUUUUUGAGGGUGAUGGUUUGGGGGGGGGGGGUCCGUGUGAAGUUAAAAUGUGUCGAGUCACUCCAGCCAGUAGUCAAUAGAGACGUUAGUGCAUUUUAUUUUUAUGUUUUGCUCUUAUCAGCGUAGAGACCGGUUCUGAUUGGUUAGCUUGCCUUGCACUUGUAUCAGGCCUAUGUCAGCUGUCUAUGGGACUGUUUCGGUAUGUGGUCUAUACAAAUUGAUUUCUAAUGUUACUGGAAUGAUAGUUUAAAUAUGUUAGCGCUCGGGCGGUGAUUGUUCAUGUGUAUAUCAGCGCUGGGGAGUUGGACAAAAAUUUGAUUCAAUUGUAUGAUUUGAUGACGACAAAAAUAUGACUCAGUGUGUAUGACUUUAAUAACGACCAAAAAAAUGUUAUGUUAUGUUCUUAACCAGUUGUUAAUGACCUCAAUGUGUUGAUACGUAGACAGUUGUUAAUGACCUCAAUGUGUUGAUAUGUAGACAGUUGUGUUGAUAUGUAGACAGUUGUCGUGUUGAUAUGUAUACAGUUUUCAAUGUGUUGAUAUAUGGACCGUUGUUAAUGACCUCAAUGUGUUGAUAUGUGGAAAGUUGUCAAUGUGUUGAUAUGUGGAAAGUUUUCAAUGUGUUGAUAUGUGGAAAGUUGUCAAUGUGUUAUGUAGAUAGGUGUCCAUGUGUUGACUGUCGUUGAUAUGUAGACAGUUGUCAAUGCAUUGACAGACAUUGAUAUGUCGAUAAUUGUCGGUGUGUUGAUGUGUAGACGUUUAAUUAUGUAUAAACAACAGUAAAGACGUAAAGUAGGACACUAAACCUUCCAUAUGUGCAUUAAGCCUUUCAUAUGUGCAUUAAGCCUUCCAUAUGUGCAUUAAACCUUCCAUAUGUGCAUUAAGCCUUCCAUAUGUGCAUUAAGCCUUCCAUAUGUGCAUUAAGCCUUUCAUUUGCGCAGUUGAUGUUAAAAUAUCCCACACGUUUAAUUAUAGAUAAGAAACGCGCUGAAUGGCGGUCGUGCUGUGUUGCCAUGUCGCCAGAUGAUCAGUUUUAAAUAUAAUGAAAUAUGCGUCGACUUCUUGGUAGUGCUUUUCUGCUUGAGACUCCUCAUAGCUCUUGCUGACCACUGUAAUAAUAAUUACUCAAAAUGUCUAAGACUGGUAUAAUUUACAAUGAUAUUAUCUCAAUGUAAUCAUAAACUCGCUUGGUUAUAUUCUUCUGCCUUCAACUUCACUACUUCUCAUUGUCCACCUACUGUCCUUUUGUCCAACAGCUUACAUACUGUUUUAUUGUAUCAACACACCUACCGUAUUGCGGUUUUCCCAUACAUACUGUCUUAAUGGUGUUUAUGGUCCCCCAACCCCUACUGUCUUAAUGGUGUGUAUGGUGCCCCAACCCCUACUGUCUUAAUGGUGUUUAUGGUGCCCCAACCCCUACUGUCUUAAUGGUGUUUAUGGUGCCCCAACCCCUAUUGUCUUAAUGGUGUUUAUGGUGCCCCAACCCCUACUGUCUUAAUGGUGUUUAUGGUGCCCCACACCUGUCUUAAUGGUACUCAUCAUGAUGUACUCACCACCACUGUAUUAAUUGUGUACCCACACCUACUGUCUUAAUGGUGUACAUCAUGGUGACCCCACCCUACUGUCUUAAUGGUGUACCAACCUAUACUGUCUUACGGUGCCCCACCCCUUUACCGUGUCUUAUGGUGUCCCACCUCUUCACCCUGUCUUAUGGUGCCCCACCGCUUUACCGUGUCUUAUGGUGCCCCACCCCUUUACCGUAUCUUAUGGUGUCCCACCCCUUUACCGUGUCUUAUGGUGCCCCACGCCUUUACCCUGUCUUAUGGUGCCCCACCCCUUUACCCUGUCUUAUGGUGCCCCACCCCUUCACCCUGUCUUAUGGUGUCCCCACUCUAACCUCGUGGCCGUCCAUAUGGUACGUACGCAAAAAGUCAAAUUUUAGGACCCCCCCCCCCUUUUGGGGCUAUGUGUACAUACAUUGAGCUUUCGACCCCCCUCCCGUCCUUACAUAUAUUGAUCUUUCGCCCCCCCGUCCUUACAUAUAUUGAUCUUUCGGCCCCCGUCCUUACAUAUAUUGAUCUUUCGGCCCAUCGUCCUUCCAUAUAUUGAUCUUUCGACUCCCGCCCGUCCUUACAUGUAUUGAGCUCUCGGCCCCCCGUCCUUACAUUUAUUGAGCUUUCGACCCCCCCCCCUCAUUACAUAUAUUGAGCUUUCGAAAAAUGUACGCAGCGUCGCACUGGACAGGACGACGAGGAUGGGGCGAAGAGCAGCAGGCGCCAAAAACGUCCUUACAUCGGGCCUUAAUAGUGAAUUAUACUAUAAAAUCCCAUAUAAGACCAGGGGAGCUAUAAUUUGUCUUUUUACUAUGGUCCCCCCGGGGGAGCAUUUUCUUUAUGGGCAUCUGCAGCGUAUUCACUGGGGCGUUGCGAAAUAUAACAAAAUUUUAUAAUUUUUUAUUCGCAUUUACUCAACGUGACAUCUAGCGGUUGUGGUACAGUAACCCACUUGAGCAACUACUGUUUGCAGUUACCAGAUGGCGCUGAUUGAUCUACAUGCGUAUCAUAUUUAUAUUUAUCCAACCCUUUAUUUUAUUUUGUUUAUGUAUUGGCUGUGUUGAAGUGUACUUGUUAGAAUUGAACAGGUGGUGUCUGGUGAAAACCUGAAUUUGGCAUAGGCUCCCGGAAACAAAUCUAAAAAAAAAUUUGGAACCAUUGGCGUAGCACUUCAAAAUAUACGUCACAUGAACUUUGGACAUAUGGAGCACUAAAUAUUACUGUAAUACCUCUACUACUGAGUACUAUUUGAGCACUACCUUAGCGAGUUCAUUUGUGAACAUACAAGGCAACAAAAUGACGAUAAUUCCUACUAAACAUUGCGCGAUAUUUUUUUUUUUAAAUUCCAGUCAUAAAUACAAUAUUUUUUCGAAUUUCAGGAAGAUUAUUGUAGAAUUUUUUUUUAAAUGUACAUAAUUUCUGUCAGGAAAUACGCAUGCGUACGCACAAUCUCCGAAAAAAUUCGACAACCCCCAUCUCAGUGAGUACGUACUAUAUGGAUGGCCCCCUAUGGUGUCCCCACACCUACCGACGUAUUGGGUCCCCGCCCUUAGUGUCUUAUGGUGCUCCCAACCUCCCCCCCCCCCGUCUCAGAAAUGUUUACUCUUUCGAUUUUGGCAUACAAUGUCUUUAAGUUUCUACACCGAGUCACGUGAAUACUUUCAUUUCAAGAGACCCGGUUUAAAAAAAUAUUUUCACCCACCAAUUAGGGUGGGGCUGGUGGCUCGCCAAACGAAAUAAUUACGUCACCAGCACGAAAAGAAUAUAGUGUGUUGUCACUAGGCUAAAUAUUACUACAGCUGUUUUUUAGCGAGCUAUUUAUGAAAACAUAAAGCAUCAGUAUGCCGACAACUGGGAAACCUUGUGGCGAUAUUUGAAUAGCCUUAAUAGGCCUUAUAGAAAAUCAUGGCUUUAACAGCAGAUAUUUAGGUGACAGUCGGCUCUAUUAGUGACGAGCGGGCAAAUUGCAUAGAUGAUAUUAAUGAUAUCAUCGGCGUGGAAUCAGCUCUCUUUUUUCAAGACUGCUAUUUUUUUUAAUGCAUUCUCAACUGCUCAGCUCGGCAGCUUUACGUUUUGACAUAUUCUAUAAGAUCUAUUAAGCGGCAUUUGAAAUCCAUUUUUUAAAGUCACUAAGCAGCUGUACAAUUUUAAUACCACAUUUUUGUUCCAUCACUUCUCUUCCUUUCUCCCAGUAUAUCUUGCGGUAGUUUUAGACCACACUGUGUUAACAGAAAAAUAAAUUCGGGCUUCUAGGCUCAAUGCAGGGGUGGGGAGCACGCGGCCCGCAACUUCAAAUGUUACGGCCCACCGGCUGUAUCACAAAGUGAUUUAUUUAUUUAUUUAUUUAUAUAGCGAUUAUCUUGAUUUGUUUGAUAAACGCACAUUUUUUUAUAUCAACAUCAUUUUUCUGUGGACGGUACGCGCCAUUCAGCGUAGACCAAAUUGUACUUUAGACAAAUAUCAGCUUCGACCAAGUUUAGUUCAUUAAUCUUUGAUGCUAACGAUUCAAUACUUCUUGUUCUUCCUGUCAGGCGUAAUGGAUUUGCACAGACGGCUUUUGUUACACACAGAAAGUACACGUAUCAGUAACACGAUAAAUGGCGUCCAAUUACCUCCCCCUGCAAGUGUGGAGCACCUCCUCCUCAUCCCAAACACAGCCCAUACGUCAGCAACACGGCGGACCGUUCCAACAGGCUUCCACUAGUCAGCAGCAUCUGCCCAACGGCCAGCAGCGGGAUUGUCGAUCAUGGGAAGCCAUCUUGGCCCGCGAGACACAGGCUGCGGCCGAGAGACCCGUGCCCGUCUCGUGGUACAUGAUGCGCACCCAGAUGGCGCAGAUAUCCCCCGACGGCAGCACGAGGUUCAAAAUCUCCCGAUAUCCCGAGGAAGCCUUGUCGGCCAUCAACCAGUUCCGCCACGAGGGGGCGCUCUGUGACAUCACGCUCAACGUCAAAGGUCAGCUCAUCAGAGCGCACAAAUUAAUCCUGUCCGCCUGCAGUAACUACUUCAGGGCCAUGUUCAUGAACGGAAUGAGGGAAGCAAACGCCAGUGACGUGGACAUCCUGGAGCCUAACCUUACCGCUGAGACACUCAAAACCCUGGUCGAAUUUGCGUACACCUAUGAAAUCGUCGUCACCCAGGCCAACGUCCAGGCCUUACUUGUUGCCGCCAUAUUCCUAGAGAUUCGUCACGUGGUUGAUGUGUGUACACUGUUCAUGGAACAGCAGCUGGACCCCAGCAACUGUAUAGGAUUCGCCUACUUCGCAUGUCUUCACGGCUGCCUGGAUCUGGAGGCCAAGGCGAAGAAAUACAUCCACGAACACUUUUGUGAGGUCAUUAAGUACGACGAGUUUCUAACGUUGGAUGCUAACGAGAUGGUUCAAAUAGUACAGCAGGAUGAGCUCAAUGUCAGGUGAGUACAGGUUAGGUGUCUAUAGUGUCAUGUACUUGUACGGGUUAGAUCUCAUGUCACAUGUCAUGUACAGGCUAGACCUCCAUGUCACGUACACGUUAGAUAUCUACAAUUUAGAAGUCAUUGUCAAGUUUGUACCAGUUAGAACUCAGUGUCAGCUUUGUACAAGCUAGAACUUGAUGUCAGGUUUGGACAAGCUAGAACUUGAUGUCAGCUUUGUAAAAGCUAGAACUUGAUGUCAGCUUUGUAAAAGCUAGAACUUGAUGUCAGCUUUGUAAAAGCUAGAACUUGAUGUCAGCUUUGUACAAGCUAGAACUUGAUGUCAGGUUUGUACAAGUCAAAUUUUGGUGAUUCGGUCCAAAAUUUGAUAUGAGUAGUAUUUGACCAGAGUAAUAGCUGUGAGCAACAGUAGUUGACAAGAUCAGUGUUUUGCACAAGCUGUAGUUGUAUAUAUACUAUAGUGUCACCGUGCACAUGUGGCACUCUUCAGUACAGAUCUGUCACCACUGGUUUGGACAAGUUUGGUGAAAAUUUUUGUCACGAUUAACCAACGAUAAUUCGUGUUACGAACAUAAUUCUAUACACACAUACCACCGGCUGAAUAGGGUUCGUCAUUAAAUUGCGAAAAUCUAUUAAUAGAACAUCCUGGGGUGCAGUCCGGCCAAUCUCAUUAAGAUAUUAAUCAAACAUCCUGGUAUUCCGUCUGGCCAAUCUCUCAACAGCUGUUCGGUACUUCUACGUUAAUGUGAGCCGGUAAAGUGAGUCUUACCUAGACGGAAACGUGCUUACAACUUUAUUUUACGAAAGAUUUAACAAUUUGUUACCGCUAUACGUAUGCGGAAAUACAUAACUAGAAGCUGGUUUACGAAAAUAUUAACUACAAAUAGUUUAUAGAAAAUGACGUUAACUCUUCUUGUUUUUUUUUUAACACUUGGACCCAGUGGGUAUUUUGUCAAAUACCCGAACCCGGUUCAAAAAAACUUCACCCGGUUAGUCCUAGUGGCAGGGCCCACGGAUGCCAAUGUCCAAUUAACUUAUUCGUUAUUCAUUAAAUCGACAAAGAAAUCCAUUGAAAUGAAACAACCCCUAAAAACUAAGUUAUUGGUAUAAAUCCUUCAUAAAAUAUAAUAUCGAACAGUGUGGGGUGGGGUGGGGCUAACGCACAUUUUAAGAAUUCCCAUUAGUGCUCCUCCUCCCAACCUCCAAGGCUCACAACAGUAACAUUUUUUUCACGCUCCUGGACAAUAUGAAUAUUCUAAUGACACACCCGCAUUAACACAGCAGAUUUAUGUCACCAACUAUUUCAGAAAAAAGAAAGAAAAUAUUACGCACCAAACGCACUUGCGAUAUUUUUCUUUAACUAUUCUCAUUCAGUGGGAAUUUUCUUUUCAUGUUCCUCUUGAAAAUCAUGAAAAACAGAUUUUUAGGCGGUGGGGCUGAAAAUUUGUUAGAAUGUGGUGAGUUCUGCAACAAGUCUACGUGCCAAGCUUCAGCUCGGUAGGUUGACGAGAAGUGGAUCAUUUAGCCGUCCGAAGAUUUAUGUCAGCCAGCCACAAACAUAAGCGAAGUUAACAAAUAGGAUUUUUUUUAAAACUAAGUGAGAGAAAAGAUAAAAUGAAGUCAUAUUAUUUACAUAAGUUUAGAUUCAUUCUGUUUUGUUAUUUAUCAUUUCAUUGUGUGCAUUAAGAAUAGAUAAAUAAUUCUAUGCACCAUUUAGUGCAGUAGUUCUCAACCUUCCUAAUGCCGGGACCCUUUAAUACAGUUCCUCAUGUUGUGGUGACCCCCAACCAUAAAAUUAUUUUUGUUGUUAAUUGAUAACUGUAGACUACCCGGUAGAUGUGUUUUCCGAUGGUCUUGGGCGACCCCUAUUGCGGGGUCGCGACCCACAGGUUGAAACCGCUGAUUUAGUUGGUUUUGCCACCCCCUACCCUGGUCUAGGUAGUUGCACAGAAAUAUGUUAACUAAAACACAGAGUACAAAACACAAGCGCCGAAGCUAAACACUUUGAAGCGAGUAGAGGGUGGUUGGAGUGCAGUGGUCCUUCAUGUAUCGCGGUCAAUCAGUUCCAGUCUCUACCGUGAUAUAUGAAUUACCGCGAAGUAAGAUUCUUUAUUUAAAAUCGUAGUUCGAGAAUAAGAAACCCGCUCACAGGCCUCUAACUCUAAAUGUGGUUUUGAACAUUAUUAGACCCGGAUACUCGAAUACAUAGGCCUACAGUCCAUACCUACAGUGAUUUUUAAUAGUAAGACAGUGGUGCAUAAUUGACUCAGACAGCGGAGCGCGCGCUGUUUCAUUUUCAAUAUCUCGAAUAACUUUUUUUACUGAGUACAUGAUAUAUUUGGAGAUAAAUAACGCGAUAUAAAGAGACGAGUGGCGAUGGGCGUCUGCCAUCUCCUCGUGUCUAGAAAUCAGUCAGCCUAUAACAUGUUGAUUUAACGAAUUAAAAAUCUUUAAAUCUUUUACACGCUGAAAUCACCUAAGUGUUGUCAUUAAGUCAGAACUAUUUCUCGUUUGCAGGUGUGAAACCGAAGUGUUCCAGGCCGUGGUCAGGUGGGUAGAGCACGACACCGACAGGCGACUCUCCCAGCUCGAGGAUCUGCUGGAAAAAGUCCGACUGUCCAGCCUGGCGCCGUGCUUCAUAGAGGAUCAGUUGGAGAGAUGCUACAUCAUUCAGAGGUUGCCUGGCUGCAUCCGCCUGCUGCUGGACAGGCUGCGAGGCUUGAAGCAGCACCACGACUGCCAGGAACGACCGAGGCGACCUUGUAAGCCGCUGGUCAUCUACGUCGUGGGCGGGUUCUACCGGAAGGUCAUGGAUUCCUUAAAAAGUUUUGAAUGCUACAACCCUUGCAGCAAAGAGUGGACGCGCCUGACGGAUCUACCUUCCCCCAGGUGUGGGCCGGCGGUGACCUCUUUACACGGAGCGAUCUAUGUGGUGGGCGGGAGUGUCAAGGUCAGGGGGGACAACCGGGACCUGGCGUCACUGGAGAUGUACAACCCUGAGGAGAACGUGUGGCACACCAAGUGCCCGAUGGGCGUGGCCAGGAACAGGGUCGGGGUUAGCGUCCUUGACAACAUGAUCUACGCGGUGGGAGGGUCAGCUGGCGGUGAACAACACAAGUCAGCAGAAAGGUUAGUCAGCCUGUGGUGCUGAUAGGUUAGUCAGCGUGUGAUGCUGAUAGGUUAGUCAUUUUCUGGUGCUGAUAUGUUAGUCAGCCUGUGGUGCUGAUAGGUUAGUCAUUUUGUGGUGCUGAUAGGUUAUUCAGCCUGUGGUGCUGAUAAGUUAGUCAGCUUGUGGUGCUGAUAGGUUAGUCAGCCUGUGGUGCUGAUAGGUUAGUCAGCUUGUGGUGCUGAUAGGUUAGUCAGCUUGUGAUGCUGAUAGGUUAGUCAUUUUGUGGUGCUGAUAGGUUAGUCAGCCUGUGGUGCUGAUAAGUUAGUCAGCUUGUGGUGCUGAUAGGUUAGUCAGCUUGUGAUUCUGAUAGGUUAGUCAGUUUGUCUUGCUGGUAGGUUAGUCAGCAUGUUGAUAGGUUAGUCAGCUUGUGAUGCUGAUAGGUUAGUCAUUUUGUGGUGCUGAUAGGUUAGUCAGCCUGUGGUGCUGAUAAGUUAGUCAGCUUGUGGUGCUGAUAGGUUAGUCAGCUUGUGAAUCUGAUAGGUUAGUCAUUUUGUGGUGCUGAUAUGUUAGUCAGCCUGUGGUGCUGAUAGGUUAGUCAGCGUGUGAUGCUGAUAGGUUAGUCAUUUUGUGGUGCUGAUAUGUUAGUCAGCGUGUGAUGCUGAUAGGUUAGUCAUUUUGUGGUGCUGAUAGGUUAGUCAUUUUGAGGUGCUGAUAUGUUAGCAUGUGGUGCUAAUAUGUUAGUCAGCGUGUAGGGCUGAUAGGUUAGUCAGCUUGUAGUGCUGAUAGGUUAGUCAUUUUGUGGUGCUGAUAGGUUAGUCAGCGUGUAGGGCUGAUAGGUUAGUCAGCGUCUGGGGCUGAUAGGUUAGUCAGCUUGUGGUGCUGAAAGUUAGUCAUUUUGUGGUACUGAUAGGUUAGUCAGCAUGUGGUGCUGAUAUGUUAGUCAGCAUGUGGUGCUGAUAGGUUAGUCAGCAUGUGGUGCUGAUAGGUUAGUCAGCAUGUGGUGCUGAUAGGUAAGUCAGCGUGUGGUGCUGAUAGGUUAGUCAGCGUGUGGUGCUGAUAGGUUAGUAAUUUUGUGGUGCUGAUAGGUUAGUCAGCUUGUGGUGCUGAUAGGUUAGUCUGUGUGUGGUGCUGAUAUGUUAGUCCGUGUGUAGGGCUGAUAGGUUAGUCAGCUUGUGGUGCUGAUAGGUUAGUCAGCUUGUGGUGCUGAUAGGUUAGUCUGUGUGUGGUGCUGAUAUGUUAGUCAGCUUGUAGGGCUGAUAGGUUAGUCAGCUUGUAGGGCUGAUAGGUUAGUCAGCUUGUGGUGCUGAUAGGUUAGUCUGUGUGUGGUGCUGAUAUGUUAGUCCGCGUGUAGGGCUGAUAGGUUAGUCAGCUUGUAGGGCUGAUAGGUUAGUCAGCUUGUGGUGCUGAUAGGUUAGUCUGUGUGUGGUGCUGAUAUGUUAGUCCGCGUGUAGGGCUGAUAGGUUAGUCAGCGUGUGGUGCUGAUAGGUUAGUCAGCUUGUGGUGCUGAUAGGUUAGUCAGCGUUUGGUGCUGAUAGGUUAGUCUGUGUGUGGUGCUGAUAUGUUAGUCCGCGUGGAGGGCUGAUAGGUUAGUCAGAGUGUGGUGCUGAUAGGUUAGUCAGCUUGUGGUGCUGAUGGUUAGUCUGUGUGUGGUGCUGAUAGGUUCAUCAGCGUGUGGUGCUGAUAGGUUAGUCAGCGUGUGGUGCUGAUAGGUUAGUACGUGUGGUGCUGAUAGGUUAGUCAGCUUGUGGUGCUGAUAGGUUAGUCAGCGUGUUUUGCUGAUAUGUUAGUCAGCGAGUGGGGCUGAUAGGUUAGUGAGCGUGUGGUGCUUAUAGGUUAGUCAUUUUGUGAUGGUGAUAGGUUAGUCGGUGCGUGGUGCUGAUAUGCUAGUCAGUGUGUGGUGCUGAUAGGUUAGUCAGCGUGUGGUGCUGAUAGGUUAGUCAGGGUGUGGUACUGAUAUGUUAGUCAUUUUGUGGUGCUGAUAGGUUCAUCAGCGUGUGGUGCUGAUAGGUUCAUCAGUGUGUGGUGCUGAUAGGUUCAUCAGCGUGUGGUGCUGAUAGGUUAGUCAGCAUGUGGUGAUGAUAGGUUAGUCAUUUUGUAGUGUUGAUAGGUUAGUCAGUGUGUGGUGCUGAUAGGUUAGUCAGCUUGUGGUGCUGAUAUGUUAGUCAGUGUGUGGUGCUGAUAUGUUAGUCAUUUUGUGGUGCUGAUAGGUUAGUCAUUUUGAGGUGCUGAUAGGUUAGUUAGCGUGUGUCGCUACUAGGUUAGUCAGCAUGGGGAGAUGAUAGUUUAGUCAUUUUGUCGUGUUGAUAGGUUAGUCAGCUUGUGGUGCUGAUAGAUUAGUCAGCUUGUGGUGCUGAUAUGUUAGUCAGCGUGUGGUGCUGAUAGGUUAGUCAGCUUGUGGUGCUGAUAUGUUAGUCAGUGUGUGGUGCUGAUAGGUUAGUCAGCGUGUGGUGCUGAUAUGUUAGUCAGCGAGUUGGGCUGAUAGGUUAGUCAGCGUGUGGUGCUGAUAGGUUAGUCAGAGUGUGUUGCUGAUAGGUUAGUCAGCAUGUGGUGAUGAUAGGUUAGUCAUUUUUUGGUGUUUAUAGGUUAGUCAACGUGUGGCUCUGGUAGGUUAGUCAGCUUGUGGUGCUGAUAUGUUAGUCAGUGUGUGGUGCUGAUAGGUUAGUCAGCGUGUGGUGCUGAUAUGUUAGUCAGCGAGUGGGGCUGAUAGGUUAGUCAGCGUGUGGUGCUUAUAGGUUAGUCAUUUUGUGAUGGUGAUAGGUUAGUCGGCGCUUGGUGCUGAUAGGUUUGUCAGCGUGUGGUGCUGAUAGGUUAGUCAGCGUGUGUCGCUGAUAGGUUAGUCAGCAUGUGGUGAUGAUAGGUUAGUCAUUUUGUGGUGUUUAUAGGUUAGUCAGCGUGUGGUGCUGAUAGGUUAGUCAGCUUGUGGUGCUGAUAUGUUAGUCAGUGUAUGGUGCUGAUAGGUUAGUCAGUGUGUGGUGCUGUUAUGUUAGUCUGCGAGUGGGGCUGAUAGGUUAGUGAGCGUGUGGUGCUUAUAGGUUAGUCAUUUUGUGAUGGUGAUAGGUUAGUCGGUGCGUGGUGCUGAUAGGUUUGUCAGCGUGUGGUGCUGAUAGAUUAGCCAGCAUGUGGUGCUGAUAGGUUAGCCGGCGUGUGUCGCUGAUAGGUUAGUCAGCAUGUGGUGCUGAUAGGUUAGUAAUUUUGUGGUGCUGAUAGGUUCAUCAUUUUGUGGUGCUGAUUGGUUAGUCAGCACUUGGUGCUGAUAGGUUAGUCUUUUUGUGGUGCUGAUAGGUUAGUUAGUGUGUGGUGCAGGUUAGUCAUUUUUGUGGUGCUUUUUGUUAGUCAGUGUGUGGUGCAGGUUAGUCAUUUUUGUGGUGCUGAUAGGUUAGUCAGUGUAUGGUGUUGAUAUUCUAAAUAAAUUGAGUGAUCACCUACAUAUUACAGAAAUUCUAUCUUCACCUUGCUACUUUAGCUUCUUGCAAUGAACUCCUUAGUGGCUUAAUGUCUGUGAUUGUAAAGGUAACCCUUGGCCGAAUUACGCCUUUACUUGACCACAAGAACCCCCCUUUUACCUCAGGAACCCCUGUCACUUCAAGAACCCCUGUUACCUCCAGAACCCCUGUUAUAAGAGCCCCUGUCACCACAGUAACCCCUGUCACUACAAGAACCCCUGUCACAACAAGAACCCCUGUUACCUCAAGAGCCCCUGUAACCUCAUGAACCCCUGUUACCACAAGAACCCCUGUCACCAGAAUAACCCCUGUCACCAGAAUAACCCCUGUCACUACAGUGACCCUAUCACCACAAAAAUCCCUGUCACCACAGUAAACCCUGUCAUCACAGUAAACCCUGUCACCACAAAAAUCCCUCUCCCUACAGUAACCCCAUUAUCAUGUUUAAUCAGUGCCACUUUUAGUUUUAGAAAUAAGUUUAAUUUUUUUUUUGGACCAUCUGGUGAAUUUAAAACAGUAAGGGGUCUCUGGACUUUGUAAAGCUGAGGGCCUCAACAAGUCUAAUUCCGACCCUGUGAAUAGCUCUGAUAUUGAUUGUUUUAUUCAUUUGGUUUAAAAAAAUAAUGACACAUAGUUGUGAAAACUAAAAACUAAAUCCGAUAUAUGGAAAGAGUGAUACAGAAAUUCCUCCUUUAUUGUAGGUACAAUCCACAGACUGACUGCUGGGAGCCUAUUGCUGAAAUGAAUACAGUUCGGAUGUCAGCUGGCGUAGCUGUGAUCAACAGGCUGCUGUACGCUGUCGGUGGAUUUGAUGGCACAGAGAGGCUAAGAUCGGUGGAGUGCUUCUAUCCAGAGUCGAAUCAAUGGCAGCAGGUGGAACCCAUGCAGGAGCCACGAAGUGGAGCUGGUAACUGAUUCUAUUCUCUGUCUUUUGAUUUCAGGAAGGGGACGGGGAAUAACUGGGGUCUACUUUGUUGAACAAAUUACAGCCAAUAUAACUGAGUUACAUCCCUUACUGCUGAUUACAUUUAAAGACAUAAUGUAUUUAUAUUUGUCAUAUAUAAUAUAAAAACAUUCACUGUGAAACUAUCAGACAGCAAUAGAUACUUGAAGUAAACCGAACUUGGUCCAUACGACAUGGGCAGUGCCAGAUUAUCCACGGUGCAAAUGCACCAAGCCUACUCUUAGUUUUUUAAAUAGUAAAAGUAGACCUUCUUUAUAAAAUGAUGUCAUGAAGUGUUGAAUUUUUAUCAAUUUUGAAUUAGUUGCAUGGAAUAUUUUUAAUAUAGGUAUGUAUUUUUCUGAGUAUAUCCACGAGUAUUAUGUGUUAUGUUGUUCAUCCUUCGCACACAAGGGUGACCAAGGCAAUUUUCGACUUUGAGUAGUAGCCUUGAACUGAGCUGUAUUUUGUUUGAAAUGAGUGAGUGGUGCACAUGUACGAGUGUCACCCAUGCCAGUGUUUAAAGGUGCACAUGUGUGAGUGGCAACAAUACCACUGUUAUGAGGUGCACAUGUAUGAGUGCCAACAACACCACUGUUUUAAGGUGCACAUUUAGAAGUAUCACAAAUACCACUGUUAUAAGGUGCACAUGUAGAAGUGCCACCGAUACUACUGUCAACUGCCUUUUUUUACUACUAUGAUAGAACAUUUCUCCAUUUCAUCACAUUGUGUAUUUAUUGUGUAGGUGUUGCUGCAAUGGACGGGUACAUCUAUGCAGUUGGCGGCUUUGAUGGACAGAACCAACUGAUGUCUGUGGAAAGGUACAACCCAAGGAAUAAGACUUGGGAAUAUGUGUCACCAAUGAAAAAAGCUCGGAGUGGAGUUGGAGUGGCUGUCAUCAACAACAAGCUUUUUGCACUUGGUAACUUCACAUUGACUAAAUAACAUUGGUUUAUUAAAAAAAUGUAUCUUCUCUGUGAUCAUAAAACUAACAUUGUGUUAUCGUAUAUGAAUUAUUUCAUCUUCUCUGUGAGCGUUAUUUUCAGCUGAAAAGUUGUUUUUUUCUUCUACAAAUUUAAAGGAAAAUAGCUGUAUUUUUUUUUAAAAACUAUUUCAUAAAAAGCCAAGUUCUUUUAUACAAUAUAAAAUAUGCUCAAUAAUGAAUGUGCUCAUUUACAUCUGUCUACAGGUGGGUUUGACGGCAGUGACUUCUUAUCUUGUGUUGAAAUCUACGACCCAAAGUCUAACAUCUGGAGCUGUGAGACCCGCAUGCUGUGUGAGAGAAGUGGUCAUGGUGUAGCUGUCGAGAGAAAGCCUACCAUUAGCUGAUAGUUGCUAACUGUCCUCACGGGAUGGUAAAGCUUGUGAUUGAAAGUCUAUUACUUGGCGCAAUCUAUUUUAUUGUCCCCAUGGGAUGGUAAUGAUACUAUUUGUAUAUCCAUUGCUGCGACUGCAGAAAAAUCUGACCAUGAGGCCCCAUCAUGUGUAGGCUCCCACUGGCCCAGCAAACAAAUGAAAGAAACAGUCACAUAUUUAACAGUUGUAGCCAUUCCUUAACUGUUUGCAUCUAACAGACUGCAGUGCGUGUAGCUUCAGGUUAAAAGGCCAAAUUUGUGUUUGAUUGGGGUUACAAUAAAAUAAACGAAAUGAAAGCUACAGCAAUAAUGUUACCACAGGAAUAGUGAAUUUACAGUUGGGUCUGUUCUGAUUGGCAGACAGCCAUUUCUCAGAACACGAUAAAGUAAUUAUUUAUAUUCAAAUUUGAUAAUUUAAAUUCAAAGGUGAUUAUAAAAAUGAAGUUUUAGAAAAAAAAUCCUUUUAUGUAAAAGUAAAUGUCUACAUUUGUUUGCUGUUUUUAGUUGACUUGUUUUAUAGUUGCUAAGUGGAUUUAUUGAUCUGGGCUAAAUUUCUAAUUUUUCAAAUGCGUACUAGCAAACAAGAAUAUAUUUUCUUGGGCAGUAGUGAACUGCCAGUUGCCAUCCAGUAUAAAUCUAAUAAAUACCUAUUGGGAAAAUAAACAUAUUGGAAAAGUAUUCAUAUUGGAAAAAUAUUCUGAUAAAUUAUUUCAGGUAUAAAUAUUGUACAUGAGCUCUAUACUUAAUAUUGUUUUAAGGGGCACCCAAACAAUGUACCGGUAGUCGUCAACUUAAUUCAACUUGAACAUGAACUUAUGUUCAUUAUAGCUAUAGUUACAUUAGUUUUAGAUGAUGAACAUCUGGGACAUCUGCUCAUAUCUUGUUCUAUGAAUUCCUGUAUCAAAUUAUAAAUAUUGUAUUGAUAAGCUUAUAAAUAACAUUUUGUCACUACAUCUAUGCAAUGUGUUAUAAAAUAAUGAACUAAACCCCCGCAUGGUUGGCAAAUUGCUCAGUGAAGAAACUAAAGCAAAAUGUAUUUGUUCUUAAAACCACAUCUAAAACCACAUUUUAGAAGACACCUAAAACUUUAAACCACACUUAAAACCAAAGGAUUUGAGAGUUGUUUACAUGAUUUGGUUUUUAACAUUAAUUAUGAUUAAUAUUUUAUUUUACUAUAGAGAAAAAAAUUAAUUACCUCAAAAAAAAUAUUAUGGUGUUAUAUUAUUUAUAUGCAGUUAGACAUUUUUACUUUUUUUAUUUCUAUGAAACAAUUGAGCUCCUUUGCCUGACCUAGAUCUAGGAUACUUUCUAUUAUGUUUGGCACUACUAUUUUUUUGUUGUGCCAGCAUUUUCCACUCAGGUGUUUUAGUUGUCAGUAAUGUCAGUGAUUAAAUUAUUUUACUGCAAUUUUCUUGUGAUUUUAAUAACUACAAAAGCCAUUACCGGUACAUUAAAGUCAAAUAUAUGGGGCUCUGCAUGCAAGCACUAUGAAGUAAAUAAAUAGUAAAACAAGAUAUGUUUCGUCUUUUGCCUUCAGAAGCAGACAAUAUAAAACAAGAAAUACCCGGUAACAAAUUAUUUGAAAUUAAAGACUUACUUUUCCCAGAUCACAAUGUAGCUCUCUCAGUCUCUGUGUAGACUCAAAGGUGCACUAUUAAGAUGAAAGUUGAGUUUUUCAAAAUCAAAACUUUCCUCUAGCAUAAUUCAGUGAUGCAUACUGUCAACUGUCAAGGAUAAAGAAUUUUGUUGAUUCCAUUCGGUAAUAUGAUGCUGAAAAUCUGAAAUAAUUUGUUUUAUUUUUUCACGCUCACUGGUGUAUUACCAGUACUAUUAGUGCAAGAAAUUAGAACCUUCAUCACAUUUACCUACAAUUCCUUCCGUUGUACGAAAAAAUAAAUUAUUGUAUCAUAAUAUUUUACCAUUUAUUUGUCAUAACAAAGCUACUGUGAUACUUAAUGGUGAAGGUGGCUUUGUGAAAUCAAAUGUUCCUGUAAAUAACAUUGUGUUUGUCUAUACGGGAUGUAAAUUAUUUCUGCAUUUACCUCAAAAUAUGGAGUCAAUGGUGACUAAAGAACUGAUACAAAAUUGAGUGUUUCCACUUGACAGCACAAUGAAUAGUCUUCAAUAUGUCAGAAUUUAUUGCCUAUAGUUGUUUACAAUUAUGUUGACAUAGUGAACUGAAGAGCUAGAGGUAAGAAUCCUAGAAAAUUUACAUUUAUAAUUUGUUUCCAUUUUAACUAAUGGGCCUAUGACACUUAUACUAAAAUUUAUUAUUUUGUUUUUCUUUUAAUUAAUCGAAUCUUAGGGGGGAGAGAAAUGUUCUCUGGUGCUCUUCUAAGCAAAAUUCGAAAAUAAUUCACCUUGCCAUAAAAUGUUUAUUUCCUUAUUUGUGUUAAAUUAAUAGAUUUGUUUGCUCAUGCUUCAGUGCUUGUUGGGAGUGAGAAAAGAAGUGCCAUAUAAAUUCAUAUCCCAGUAUACCGUACUGUAAGUAUAGGUCCCACUUUUUUUCACCCAAAGUAUCUGUAAAAAUCAGGCACGUAAUCUAUCCAUUGGACAUUACAGGGAUCUAGAGUCACUCCUGCCCUGAUUCACAAUGAGAGACUUUCAUUUUCAAGUGAUUUUAUGUCUUAAGCAAUUAUAGGAGUUUCUUCCAAACAGAGCAGUACCGUAUUAGAUAAAGAAAUACCAUGCUAUUACAACCUAUCACAAUUUGGCUUAGUCUUUUAUGCAAAAAGUCUAAGAAUUGUUUUUUCCUUAACUCCCCAAACUUAGGGUGCGACCUAUCUGCAAGUGUAUAAAGUAAACUUUUGUUAAAACGAAAUUGAGCAAACAAGACAAAAUUAAUAUUUAUUUAAAAUGUGGGGACUGGGUGUUUAUAAACAGUAGAGACAUAUUUUAUGACUAUUCAUAGAUUACAAAAUUAUAGGUACAAAUUUUGUGUGGCUAAACAUAGAUAAGUUUGAAGCUCAUAGUGUCUGUCAAUUAGAACUUUAUUGAUCAGUCAUGUCUGGUGUCUGUUGAUGAGAAUUUUAUUGAUCAGUCAUGUCUGGUGUCUGUCAAUGAGGACUUUAUUAAUCAGUCAUGUCUGGUGUCUGUCAAUGAGGACUUUAUUGAUCAGUCAUGUCUGUUGUUAAUUAUUAAUAGCUGAAAAUAGGUUGGCAGUUUAAUGAUUGUUAAAAUCUACCGGUAAUGAUAUGCACAUCUUGCCUUUUUUAUGUAGAACACCUGUUGAGAACAUAAUCUUAGAAUCCCUUGCCUGUGUGAAAGUUAGUCCAUCACUUACAUGUCUGUGUUAAAUUAGGGGAACACUUGCAUGUGUGAAAUUAGUGGAUCACCUGCAUGUGUGAAAUUAGGGGAACACUUGCAUGUGUGAAAUUAUGGGAUCACUUGACUAUGUGAAAUUAGGGGAACACUUGCAUGUGUGAAAUUAUGGGAUCACUUGACUAUGUGAAAUUAGGGGAACACUUGCAUGUGUGAAAUUACUAACACAAUAAAUAUCUGACCCAUUACUGUAGAUUUAUUUUAACAUAUGGAAAUUUUAUGAUUUAUUUUUGUGUAUAGUAUAUGUUAAUAGAAACAGAUUAUGCCUCGAUUAGACUAAUGAAACCAAAUACUGGUACUAAGUAAUACAAAAUUAUGAUAAAGUAGAAAAAAAUAGAAAUGGAACUUUGAUGAAGAACUGAACUUCUAAAGGUAAAAGAGGAAAGAAUAGAGUCUGAAGUUGAUAAUGAAAGACUUAAUCAUUAUGUCUGAAUUUUUAAAAAAAAUGAUUGAGCAGCUUUUUUUAUCCAGCUUAGUUUAUAGUUUAUUUCUAGAUAUGAUCUUGAAGUCAGUACCAAAUGGCCUGUCAUAUUAUCAUUUUGUCAUCUCCAAUGAAUAGUACAAACAUUUUUACACAAUGUUUGUUACUCUAGUUUUCCAUAAAACAAAACGAUGGCCACUUAAUUUGGGGAAUGGCUUGAGGUGUUUGUUUCUAGUUGGUUAAACUUGAUUAGUUUGGCCAAACCAUGUAUUAAAAGAAAUAACUGAUCUAAAACCAGUUUGAUGUAAAAAGUUGAGUUACCAAAUUGAAAUGAGUCUUCAUUAAUGUUGAAAAUGCUCUGCUGUUGUAGUUUUUAGCAGAGAUUGUGAAGCACUUGUCUAACUUAGCCCUAGCAUUGGUUGGUACGAAAUAUCAGUUUUGAUAAGAUAAGAUGUUUAAAUGUACACUAUAUGGUGUGGAUGCUAACAAUACAUGAGUAUACUUUGAAUGUGGUUAUAGAUAGACACUUGUUAAUUGUUGCCUUGGAU